CGCACUAUCGAAUAAAGGUUUAUCCUCAAUCCGUAUAGGUGGUGCUGCUUGCUUACGAUCUAGUGACAAAUCGAAAGUAUCUAGAAACAAAGAAGCGAAAGAGAGGGGAAUAUAAUGGUGUAAAAGGCACGACCCCAGGCACAGACACACAUCGAACGUAAUUUCUGUUCGCAUGUCCCGUCUUGGAAGCAAGGUACGCCAUGUUCUCGGUCGUUGUAUUCAGAGGGAAAUAGCUGUUUUCAGUAAAAGAGAGACAGAAGUAGCAGAAGGCGAUAGAGGAGGAAGCGAGGUGGAAGAGCAUGAGGAAGCGAGAAAGAGAGACGGACGAAUGACAGAAAUGUAUAGCCGUGGUGGCUGAAGCAGCAGCAGCAGCAGCAAGAACUGGCAGCAGCAGUAUCGCACAGAGGAUAGGAUAGAAUCGCGUCGUCCACGCGUAAUUCGGGGCGUGUGCUAGGUUGGCCGUUUUCUCUAGCUCGUGUCCGUAGCUACGUAUCAAAGAUGUACAUGCAGUGGCAGUGCGGGAUACGCGUCACCGUCCCGUGACGACAACGUUCCGAGAGGUGCAAGACCGCAAAGCACGGUGUGGGCAGGUCGCGGCCAUUUUUACCACACGAUGCGGCAACCGUGCGUGCCUGUUCGAUCCGCCAUUCCAAACAAUCGGUGUACUUCGUGCCCUCGCUGGGUGCAUCUAGCCACGGCGACUCGCGGGGACACUGUCGAGAAACGAUAAUACGUGCCACAUUAUUGUCGAGACGUGGAUAUAUCAUCCCCAUUGGUCGUACACGACAGCCGGAGACGAAAGCUCGUGAAAGCCGGCAGUGUUACUGGUGUUACUGGUGCCUAGUGGACGUCGUCGACGACGACGUGGAGGAAGAGGAAGAAAAGAAGGAUGAUGUACGAUGAUAUGGUGUACGAUGGUGUGCGAUGAUCAUGGCGAAAAAGAAACGACUCGAACAUUGGAACAUGAAUGUUAAAUAAAUACAUUUGGUUGGUUAGUGCUGUCGGGGCAUGUCUGUGAUUUCUGUUUAAUCAUUCACACAGUGCGUUGUUUCACCGAUGAUAGUGCACACUAGUUUAAUGGCCAGUGAUUUCUCUUGGUUUCUUUCUUCUUGGUGUUUUGUCGGCCUCUGUCGUUGUCGUUGUCCGCCCUGUGCGUGCGUGUUUCGCGUGUACCUACUCGCCACGCACAUCGGACUCUCUUCCUCGGCAGCGCGAUCGAUGUGACACCGUGUGACCGCCUGUACGAACGUCUUUUACCAACGAAAAUCCUCUCUCUCUCGUUAAUUCUCAUUCUCGCAGGACUGUCGCGAACCGUGGAACUGAUAUUCCUGGAAUAUACGGGAGAGAAAUAUACGGGGUGAUCCAAGCAAAGAGUGUUGUAGAUACGUGUGUCCCGUCGGUAAACGGGGUCCGCUGUCCCGUCUCUUCUCGCGAGUGUGUAUUCAAAAAGUCAGUGUGUCUUUCUUAUUCGCGCUCCCUUCAUUCUUCACCCUCGUUCUCUCUCUGCCUCGCUCCAUCUGUCUUAUUCAUUUAUUCUCGUUUUCUCUGUUUUCCAUUCCCGUGUUCUUUCCUUAUUUUACACUCUCGCCGCCUUUCCUGAUCGUCUCUCUCCCUCUCGCAGUAAAACAGCAUUAAAGACGAUUGUAGAUAGAAUGCUCGACGAUACUACGAUAAUACAACGGUUGUCAUCGUCGUUCGCGUCGUCGUCGUCGUCGUCGUCGUCGCCGUCGUCGUCGUUCUUGUCUAACUCUUGUUUAUCUAACUGCUUGUUCACGGAUUGGCAGCAAUUUUCUUACGGCUUGUUCCUCCAUCGAGGACUUGUCAUCGAGCAAGCCGAGUCGUCCUCGUCGCGGUCGUCGUUACUGAGGGUACCUCGAUCGUGAGGUGUCUCGGUGGACGUGCCGAUACUCUCGUAUAGCGGGGGGCACGACAACGGCCUCUCGCACGGGAGAACAGGACGUCUGCCUCGAGAUGGAGAUCGAGGCGAAACAACGGAACCAAAGGAAUCGGAGACGAGAACGAGCACAACGUAUGUUGGCGCAAAGGGAGAGCCUGGCAAGUGCGAAGCAGCAACAGCAACAACAGCAACAACAAACGAGACAACGGCCGAACGACGAGGAGGACAGCCACAGCGGCGAGGACGAGGACCCCGCCGCCGGUCUUGGCCUCGGACUUGCCAGGACCGGUCAUCCUCGUGACAGCCAUUCGCGACCGCCCAGGCCACCGCGACCCCCGAGGCCUCGUAAGAAGUCUUCUCUCGCGGCUGCCAACCAGAAGGAGCCUCCCUUCGAAGAGGAUAUUAUCGACGGUUUUGCCAUACUCGCCUUCCGCACCUACGAAGAACUCGAGAGUGCAAUAAAGCUAGCUGGCAAAAAUAAUGUAAAGAAGUUGCAUACGUUACUGUCAAUAGUGGAAGAAAAACCAAAGGUGGACAUAGGACAAAAUAAUAGACACAACGAGCAUCACAUCAAAAAUCAUUUCAAGCAUAAUCAUUAUACACACAAUUCCAUACUGACACCUUCUACAAUUAACCAGGGCCUAGAUGCAGGUACAAGUGACGAUAGUGGUAGAGCAUCAGAACAAUUGCAUGGCCCUGGUAUACCUAGGGAUUGCCAGGACGCAGACAGUUCCAGGGACCACCUCAGCGAUGCUAGCAGUCAUUGCAGUUCGGGUAAAGGUUAUAUCUGUGAUAGUGAAGGAGAAGACGAUAAGGGCUCGGAUGCUGAAUCGAUACUCUUUGAAUCUUCUACCCCACCACCCCUUGCACGUAAAUACGAAUUGCCAUCAUCUUCACCGCACGUUUUGCCUCCAGCAAACGGAGCAGGAGGUUCACCUCCAGACACGGGUGGACAAAUUUCCAAUCCAGCAACGGAUGCUCCGGCACCUAUACCACCUCCUGUGCCUGCAUCAGCACCAGUUCCAACAGCGCCAAGUCCUCCUAGUCCUACUCUACCCCCUCACAUAUCUCAACCACCUAUGACUAGUCCAUUGGCAGCAAACCCACGUGCAAUAGCUCCGCAGCAGCGGCCAGCUUCCCCUGCUCUGCCACCUCCUUCCUUAUCCCAACAGCCUCAUACUACAAUACCGGCAUUACAUCCACCUAAUGUACCCCUUGUUUCAUCGAGUCAUACAACUAGUCCUGCAGUAGCCAGUUUAGGUGUUACACCAGCAGCACCAUCAAACGGAGCUACAACUACUAGCUAUCCACCAUCGAUACCCAUGGCUGCUUAUCCUCAAACCCAACCAUCUUAUCCACCUCUUUAUACACCAUAUACUGCUCUAAAUCACAGCCCAUAUCUUCCGCCUGCAGUUCCAUCUCCCUCUCAUUCUGCUUCAUCGAGGGCAGAAGUGAGAGGAAGUAGGGCUUCUCCGUGUACUAAUAUAAGUAAACAACAGCCUGUAGGAAAUAAUACCACAAAUCAUAAUACUCCUUUGAGCGCUGCCACCACAACAUGUGUGUCCACAAUAACUAAUACAGUUACUACAGCAAAUACCAUUGCUCACAGAGACGUGGUAGCCUGUAGUUUGACUGGAAGAAACAAUAAUUCACCUCGUGGACAUAGUCCAAAUCGAGAAAGAGAUAGUUAUAGUAACGUCAGUAGCCUAAGUCGAGGUAGCAUAACGCCUGUAAGUGUGCCAAACACAUCUUCUCCAGCCAAUUCUAGUCUACCUGCUUACACCAAACCACAAGGAUGGAUUGGUAGCAGCACAACAUCACAAUUAUCUCCGGCAACAGCAACAUCAGUUCCAAGGCCAACUCCUCCACCAGUACCACUUGGCAUGCAUACGUUUCCUCCGCCAAUGUUUGCGGCACCCUUACCACCUCCCGUAUCCAGUUCCAGUCCACAUACGUCACUGCCUUCACUACCACCGCCAACGACCAAUCCUAAUCCAUUCUCCGCCGAGUCACUUUUCCAAACAAGGGUGACUCAUGUCGCAGGUCAGGCAGACCUGUUAAGGCGAGAGCUUGACAAUAGAUUCUUGGCAUCCCAAGAUAGAAACGUUGGAGUUGGAGUUGGCAAUUUGGGUCCACCCCCAUAUCUUAGGACGGAGAUGCACCAUCAUCAACAUCAGCAUACUCACGUGCAUCAACAUACUACACCUCUGCUUCCACCAACGGCCGCGACAACAUUGUUUCCACCUCCUAUAUUCAAGGAUAUUCCAAAAUUAGGAGGCGUUGAAUCUCCAUUUUUUCGUGGAAAUCUGAACCUUUCUAGUUAUUCUGGUUUUAAUACUGGUCUCUUGCAUCCUGGAAUUGGUCCACCUUCAACUCCUUUUGUACCUCCAAAUCAUUUGACAUCAUUUGCACCAAAGAAAAGUGGGAAAUGGAAUGCAAUGCAUGUUCGGAUUGCUUGGGAAAUUUAUCACCAUCAACAGAAGCAGCAAGCAGAAGCAAAAGCUGGAAGUGUCGUUAAUACUAAAACAGAACUUUUAAGACCACCAAGUCAUCUUUAUCCAGGAGGACCAGGAAGUGGUCUCGGAAUAGGAGCACCUCCAAUGGCACCACCAUUUCCUACUAAUAUACCACCAACACAUCCAGCUCCACCUCCACCUCAUCCUGUUGGUUUUCUAUCGACGCCAGCAUCGCAUUUGGGAACAGGAAUGUCACCGUUUGGAAGGUAUCCGUCAACAUUUGGUGCACCGAAUCCAAAUUUCCCUGGUCUUUCUAGCUUUCCUCCUUCGAGGGAAAUGCCACCAUUGGGUGGCCUAGGUUCUGUACAUGAUCCAUGGAGAGGAUUACAGCGAACCUCUACUGGAUUUCCACCAACCACGGCGGUAUCGUGGAAUUUAAAACCGGAACCACCUGCAAUUGACAGACGAGCCGAACUGGAAGAACGAGAAGCGCGAGAGCGGGAGCGCGAACGUGAACGUGAGCGAGAGCGUGAACGAGAACGCGAACGGGAACGCGAACGUAUAAGACGCGAAAAAGAAAGGGAACGAGAGGAGCAGCGUGAGAGGGAGAGACGGGAGCGCGAGAAGGAAGAAAAAAGAAAACAACAGGAGGCUGCCGAACGAGAAAGAGAAAGGAGAGACAAGGAACGUCGAGAGAUGGAAAGACGCGAGAUGGAACGUGAAAGAUUGCUUCAUCAAAAUCGGCAGCACGUAGUUGUAGGUCGAGAACGGUCGCCUUUAAGAAACGGAUCGGCGCCUAUAGAAACUGGAGAAGUUCGCGUUAAAGAAGAACCACGAAGUAAAGAUGAUGAAGUUGUGAUGCUGCCAAGGCCACCAGGUCCUGGACCUGGGACAGCGUCUGGUACAGGACCAGGACCAAGUCCACUGCCUGAUACGAGAUAUCAUCAUCCUCAUCCUCAUUCAUACCUUGCAAGGCAUCCGCAUAGUAUGCCUGCACCGCAUUCCAUGCCACGAAGUAUGCUCCCUGGUUUGAGCGCGCAUCCAAUUCAACAUUUCCCACCUCCUUCCGCGCCUACUGGUCAACCGGGAGGUCCAUGGCCUGGGGAUCCGUUUCGGGAUUACCGUUACGAUCCCUUACAACAAUUACGCUAUAAUCCAUUAAUGGCUGCUGCUGCAUUUCGAGCAGAAGAAGAAGAGAGGGUUAAACUUUACGCCGGGUAUCCACCACCGCCUGUAAAUUCUUUACGAAGCAAGGAUCCAAGUCCUGGUCCAUUGAGUAAUUUGCAUAUGCAUCAUAGAGCAGGACCUGGACCCGGGGUGCCAACACGACAACUAGAACCCGCUUUGAUGCACGCAGAUAUACAUAAGAAGGAGGAUACUUCCCAACCUCGAUGAUAUAUCCUCCCCACGUCCUCAGCUUCUGCAAGUGAACGCACUAAAGGGUCAGCAUUCUGAGAAUUUUCGUAAAGUUUCCAGACCCCUGGUGCUGAUAUUUUGCUAAUGGAGAAGAGGCGUUAUUUAAAAAAAAUUGUAUAUAAAUUAUGUAAUAUUUAUAGCUAUCAAAGAAAGUGCGAAGAAAUAAAACACGUAUAGGACAUUUAAAAGUAACAAAUAAAUGCAUUCAUGUGGCGCGUAAAGAGAUUAUUGACGAAAAUGCCUUCGAUAAAUGAAAAGUUCGUGAUUAUAGAAAUUCCGUCUGAUUACACGGAAGUUAAAGGACGAAUCAUGCAUAUAAAUAAACUAAGGCAUUUAUUGAAAUAAUGUGGGUUACAAGAAAGAAGAAAACAAAUAAUGAUGACUUAUAUGUGAUUCUCUGCAAAUUUCGGAGAUCUGACUGUUUAUAGUGAUAUAAACUUUAAUCAUUACGGUAAUUAUGCGUACAGUUUAAAAAAAAAAGGUAUCGUGUGUAAUAUUAUAGAUAUUGUAGAAUGCGAGAUGAAGCUACGUAAAAAAAAGAAAUCCAAGUUAAGAGCAAACUUAAGCGGAUCUCUACCAUUAUUCAAAAAUUAUUUAAUUACUAAUUUAUUUAUUGCGACGUAUAAACGAAUCUCUACUACUGACGUAUGGAUACGAUCGUAAAGCAAGUUGCCCUAAUUUAAUUGUCAUAAUAUAAAAAAAAAUUUAUAUGUUUCCAUUUUCUUCAUAGGAAUUAAUUUGUACUGUAGAAGUAAUAGUAAAGAAAACGAGGGGGCAAAAAAACAGGUAUCUUUGGCUUUUGGCAGCACAAGCUUGCUUUUCUCUCUUCAUUCGCAUGCAAAUUAAAAUCGCACUCUGGUGCUUCCUGUGAUAUAAAACGUAAGAUUAUUUAAAACUAUUGCAGUUAUUUUACAUCGUAAUUAUAAGGAGAAUAAUAGACACAAAUUGUAAAUCAAAUUGUUUUUUGACAAAUUAUAACAGGUCUACUACAAAUACAUUUUGGAAUAAAAUAAAACAAAAGAAAGAAUUUUAUAUUCAUUAAGAAAAUCAUGGGAUUCGUGAGUAAACAAAUACAAAAGCAGUUUGUUCGUGCCAAAGUGCUUUAAUCAAAAACACAGUUAACGCUAUGUAGAAAUGUUGCAGCUUCUGAUUUUGUGUCUAUGAAAAUUGAAAAAGAAAAAUUGUUUUAUAUCCCCGUUUUAUCGUCCUCUCAAUUUAUCAGCUAUAUACGUCGUUAUGUUACCAGAGACUAAUUCAUUCUUUUAA